UAAAUAAAAUAAAAUAAUAAAAAAAUCUUAACGCCUGUUUGGGGAGAGAGAAAAGAUAAUAAAAGUACAGAAAAGAAAAAGAAAAAGGAAGAAGAAUGGGAGAGAUGGAAGCAGGGGAAAUGGCGACGAAGAAGAGAAAGAAAAAGGGACGCCCGUCUCUAUUAGACCUUCAAAAACGCUCUCUCAAGCUUCAACAACAGCAACAACAAAUCCCUGAUUUUAAAAACCCUAAUUCUCUCAAUGUCUCUUCUACUGUCCGAUCCAAUCGCCGUAUCCCUAAUUCUCUCAAUGACUUCGACGACGACGACGAACGCGCUCAGAAAAAACAUAAGCUUUUGCUUGGUUUGAACAAUUCCCGAAUUGCCCUCAAAACCCGCAAGAUCAGCUCCGGAUCUGAUCAUUAUUUGGGUGAAAAGGGUUUGAAAGGGACAGACACUCUUCAAGAGUCACCGGUGGAGCCUGGCCCCACUACACCUUUGCCAGACAAAAAGUUGUUGGUCUUCAUUCUUGACAGGCUUCAAAAAAAGGAUUCUUAUGGGGUAUUCUCUGAGCCUGCUGAUCCUGAAGAGCUUCCUGAUUACCAUGAUAUUGUUGAGCAUCCUAUGGACUUCUCCACCGUUAGAAAAAAGCUUGAUGGGGGAGCUUAUACCGACUUGGAACAAUUUGAGAAAGAUGUGUUCCUGAUAUGUUCAAACGCAAUGCAGUAUAAUCCUCCAGACACUAUUUAUUUUCGACAGGCACGAUCUAUACAAGAGCUUGCAAAGAAGGAUUUUGAAAACUUACGGCAGGACAGUGAUGAUGGUGAACCAGAACUAGAACCAGAACCAGAACCGAAAGUUGCUAGGAGGGGAAGACCACCAGGAAAGCAAAAAAAACCAGUUGAGAGGUCGCAUUUGGACCGUGUUGGUCCUGAAAGUUUCUCAGAUGCAACUCUUGCUUCCGGAGGGGAUAAUACCAAUUCAACUACUGGUUACAAUCUCCGAAAAACCUAUUCUUACAAGUAUCAACCUUCAGAAGUUCUGGUUAGAAACUCUUAUGGUGGUGAAACUUAUGCUAGCUGGAUGUCCGAAUGGGAAAAUGAAUUUCCAGCUUCUGUUCUGAAGGCUGUGCUUAAGUAUGGGAAGAAACCAAACGCAAUAGAUGAGAAUAAGCGCGACACAUAUAAACAGCCAAUGGAUUCCAUUCAUGAGUCAUCUGCCUUGAAUAUUUUCGAAGUUGAACAGAAACAAUUGAUGGCGGUGGGUUUAAACGCGGAGUACAGUUAUGCAAGAAGUCUAUCUCGUUUUGCUGCAAACCUCGGGCCCACUGUUUGGAAAAUUGCUUCAAAAAAAAUUAGAAGUACGCUGCCUACUGGACUUGACUUUGGUCCUGGUUGGGUGGGAGACGAUAGGGUAGUUGAUGGAGAGCAGCAACUUCUAUUUUCCCGUGAGCAGAAGUUUUUAAACAAUUCUCCGGGUAAAGAUCUUUUAAACAUGCCUCAAUCUACUGCUACCGGCAGAAAUUCUGCCGUUACAAGUAGAUGUUCAACAUGGAGUAGAGAAGACAUGGCGGAAGGUAUUGGCGGAUUAAGUUCCCAAUGUGAAUUAACUUCACUAGAUAGUAGUAUGGAUGGGAUAAACCAAGAGUCUUCCGUCCCGGUUCAACAGAAACCCAUGUUUCAUUCUGAUUUAAAUGGUUUGAAUGGUGGUUUUGGAUAUAAUAAUAACUGUUCACCGCUAUUAGGAACCGAAAGAUUUGGGAUUUCGACUGGGAAACCCAGUUUGGAUCACAGUGCAGUUCCUUCGCAAAUGUUUGGCAUGGUUUCAACUAGCACCAGUAAUCACUUCUCAGUGCCAGUGGAUUAUUAUAAUAUAAACAGAGGGAAGCUAUCAGAAACUUCAAACGGGCUAUUACACUCAGCACCAAAUUCGCAGACAAUGGGGCAUUCGGGGAUUGUUGGUGGUAAAUCAUCUUGGCAGGGAUUAUCACCGCACAAUCAACAAGAAAUUAUUCAAUUUCCACCAGACUUGAAUGUUGGAUUUUUGGCACCGAAUUCACCUAGUUCUUCUAGUGUGCCGAUAGGCUCAACUCAGCAGCCAGAUUUAGCACUACAGCUCUGAGGAGCUUUUCGCAUAAACAAUGGCGGACGGUACAGCACUAGGUAUGAAAAUUUAUUUACCCAGAAAAAAAGAAUAAUACUUUUUAAUUAGCAAGUUGUCUCUUCAGAGUUAGGGUGGCUUGCUUUGUAGUUAGUCAAAUGAUUCAUAACAUGAGAAACUGUAGCAGAAGAUUUUGUACAGAUUUAUGCAUUUAUUUUUUAGGUUAAAAACCACAGCUUUAUAUUUAAUUUCUAAUUUGCACACUUUGAAGAACAACAUUGAAAUUGUAGCUUGAAAAUGGUAGAGACUGCUAUGUCGUCAUGCUUGUUGAUUUCAUUGUCUAUUACCCUGUUCUGACAUAGUGGAGGGGUUGGAUUUUAGCA